AAUAAUUUACACUUAAACAAUGAAACUGAACAAUUUUAAUAGCCAUUAAAGAGCAUAUACACAUUACAGAGUUAAAAUAAUCGAACUAUUAAUUUGAAGUUGGACCAUUAAACCUAACCGGUUAGAGCUAACUUCCGGUUUUCUAAACGCUUGACCGUAGUUUCAGAUAACAAACAUGGCAGGCAAAGCAGGCAAACAGAGCCGCGCUCGGAAGCCCGUAGCGGAUCAGGAUGAAGAGGAUCAGCCGCUGCAGGCGGUUCUCAUCGCGGACAGCUUCAACCGCAGGUUCUUCCCCAUCACUAAAGACCAGCCGCGGGCUCUUCUGCCGCUGGCUAACGUCUCCAUGAUCGACUACACUUUAGAGUUCCUGACGUCUACUGGCGUGCAAGAGACAUUUGUCUUCUGUUGCUGGAUGUCCAACAAAAUCAAGGAGCACUUACAGAAGUCAAAAUGGUGUCGCCCUUCAUCCCCAAACACUGUGCACAUCAUCACGUCUGACCUGUACCGUUCACUUGGGGAUGUUUUGAGGGACGUGGACGCCAAGGCUCUGGUCCGCUCAGACUUUCUGCUGGUAUAUGGAGACGUGGUGUCCAACAUUGAUGUGUCUCAGGCCUUACAGGAGCACAGGCAACGGCGCAAAAUGGAGAAGAAUGUCUCUGUGAUGACCAUGAUAUUCAAAGAGUCCUCGCCCGGCCACAAGACUCGCUGUGAAGAAGACGACAUCAUUGUAGCCAUGGAGAGCAAAAACAAGCGUGUCCUUCAUUACCAGAGAGCACAAGGGCUAAAGAGAUUUCAGUUCCCUAUGAAUAUCUUCCAUAGUGGAAGUGAUGAAUUUGAAGUUAGGUAUGAUCUUCUGGAUUGUCAUAUCAGCAUCUGUUCUCCACAGGUUGCUGAACUGUUCUCCGAUAACUUUGACUACCAGACAAGAAACGACUUUGUCCGUGGGAUUUUAGUCAGUGAGGAGAUCUUGGGAAACCAGAUCCACAUGCAUGUCACUAAAGAUGGAUAUGGGGCUAGGGUGUCUAACCUCCUCAUGUACGACUCUGUAUCUUCUGACAUGAUUCGACGCUGGAUCUAUCCGAUCACGCCUGAAGCAAACUUUGCAGGCCAUGAAGGCCAGAGCUGUACACACUCUCGACAUAACGUGUACCGUGAGCCGGGGGUCAGUUUGGGUCACGGCAGUCAGAUGGAGGAGAACGUUCUCAUUGGCCGAAAAACAGUGAUUGGAGCAAACUGCACCAUAUCCAACACUGUGAUCGGUGCAAACUGUGUCAUCGGGGACAAUGUGGUUCUGGACAGAGCUUAUAUCUGGAACAGAGUCCGUAUUGCCAACAACGUGAAGGUCCAGCAGUCAGUAAUCUGUGACGGUGUGGAGGUGAAACAGAGAGUGACUCUUAAUGAGCAGUGUGUGCUCGCUUACAAUGCCGUGGUGGGUCCAGAUGUCACGCUUCCAGGAGGGACAGUUCUGUCCAUGCACCAUCCAGAUGAAGAAGAUAAAGAGGAUGAUGAUGAGUUCCUGAGUGAUGAUAAUGAUGUCGCCCAUAAAAAAGACAAAAUCAAACAGAAAGUGUUUAAUCCAGCAGAGGUGGGCGCAGAAGGUAAAGGAUACCGGUGGAAAACCAGCAACCUCGAUGACACUGAAGAAGAUGAGCUUGCAGAAUGUAUUUGGGGCCUAGUGUUGAAUCCCGAUCCAGAGAGUGACAGUGAGAGUGAGGUCAGCCAAGGGUCACAUGACACAGGAAGACGCACACCAUCACCUGAACUUGAUGAUGACAAAGUGUUUCAGAAUGAGGUCCAUGGAACAUUACAGAGAGGUUUGGAUGAGAACAUCAGCUGUGACAAUCUGGUUCUUGAGAUUAAUUCACUCAAGUAUGCCUACAACAUCACUCUGAAGGAGGUCAUGCAGAUCUUGACCAGAGUUGUGCUUGAGUUUCCUUUCAAUCAGCAGGGAGCUCAGAUCACCACAGCCCAAUAUUCAUCUCAUUUGCUGCCUGUGUUGAAGAAGUGGGCACCAGUCUUUAAGAACUAUGUGAAGAGAGUUCAAGACCACAUGGACUGUCUGGCCUCUCUGGAGGAGGUCUUUCUGGAGCGCGACACUCAUUGGGCUGCUUUGGUCAAAGUUCUGAUGAACAUGUACCAGUUGGAGAUCUUGGAGGAGGACGCCAUCAUGCGCUGGUUCUCUCAGGGAGCCACAACAGACAAGAGCCGACAACUCCGUAAGAAUCAAGGGCUCUUGAAGUUCAUCCAGUGGUUGGAGGAGGCUGAAGAGUCAUCAGAAGGAGAUGAAUGAACAUAAACCAUCAUCAGGUCCUGAUAGUGUGACCAAUUUAAACCAUCUAAUCAUCAUUCUGACAUUUUACAUACCUAAAAAAUCAUGCUGUGAGGCAUGCCAUGUUCUGCCAGAGCUGACUUGGCUUGGCUGACUCCCAGAAAGUGGUUUCUCUUGGUUUGACAGUCCUGACAAAUGACCAGUUGAAUGGCAACAAAUAAAGGAGUAAAACUGGCAUCUGUAUUUCUUAUAGUUUGCUGUAUGGUUGUUGUAAUGCUUAUUUAAAUACAUUUAUUGGAAAACAGUGAAAGACCUCAUAUUUGACCAAACGUCCUGACAUAAAAAUUAUAAACACUGCUGUUUUUACUAGCUCAUUAUUUGUAUUAGAGUUUCCAUUUCAUGAAUAAUGUAAACUUUCAUUUUCAUACCAAAGAAGUAAAGCAAAUUUAAAGACCUCAUGAAUUAAAGUCAAUCAG